GGACGGUUGUGGGCCGGCUGGCGGGGGCUGCGGCGGCUUCUGGGCCGUGAGCUUUCCCCUCCGCAGCCAUGGACCGCCGCAGGCGCUGACAGACCCAUGGAGAGUCGCAGUGUGCCUCCAGGGCCGUAUCGGGCCACCAAGCUGCUCAAGUCACAAUAGCUAAGAUAUGGAGCCAACCCAGAUGUCCAUCAACUAAUGACUGGAUAAAGAAAACGUGGUAUAUAUACACAAUGAAAGACUGACUACCCAGCCAUAAAAAAGAAUGAAAUCCUGUCUUUCACAACUAAAUGGAUACAACUGGAAACCAUUAUGUGGAAUGAAGUCACCACAUCUUUUCGAGCUGGAAUGCCUCUAAGAAAACAUAGGCAACACUUUAAAAAAUAUGGCAAUUGUUUCACAGCAGGAGAAGCAGUGGAUUGGCUUUAUGAACUACUGAGAAAUAAUAACAAUUUUGGUCCUGAAGUUACAAGGCAACAGACUAUCCAACUAUUGAGAAAAUUUCUUAAGAAUCAUGUAAUUGAAGAUAUCAAAGGCAGAUGGGGAUCAGAAAAUCUUGAUGACAACAAUCAGCUAUUCAGGUUUCCUGCAACUUCUCCACUUAAAACUCUUCCACGGAGGCAUCCUGAAUUGAGAAAAAACAGCAUAGAGUACUUCCCCAGAGAUAAAGAUACAAUUUUUAAAUUACGAAACUUACCCCGCAGGACUCCAAAAAGGCAGGGAUUACAUUUUUCUCAGGAAAAUACAGAAAAAAUAAAGCAUGAAAUAAUCAAUGAAGAUCAAGAAAACUCAAUUAAUAAUAGAAAAAUAAGCCAAGAAGAUGUUGAAGAAGUUUGGAGAUAUAUUAUUCUGAUCUAUCUGCAAACAAUUUUAGGCGUGCCAUCCCUAGAAGAAGUCAUAAAUCCAAAACAAGUAAUUCCUCAAUAUGUAAUGUACAAUAUGGCCAAUACAAGUAAGCAUGGAGUAGUUAUACUACAAGACAAAUCAGAUGACCUUCCUCAUUGGGUAUUAUCUGCCAUGAAGUGCCUAGCCAAUUGGCCAAGAAGUAAUGAUAUGAGUAAUCCAACUUAUGUUGGAUUUGAACGAGAUGUAUUCAGAACAAUUGCAGAUUAUUUUCUAGAUCUUCCUGAACCUCUACUUACAUUUGAAUAUUAUGAGUUAUUUGUAAACAUUUUGGCUGUUUGUGGCUACGUCACAGUUUCAGAUAGACCCAGUGGGAUUCAUAAAAAACAAGAUGAUCCACAGUCUUCAAAAAUUCAUCACAUAAACAAUUUGAAUACCUUCAAAUCAACUGAGUGUCUUCUUCUCAGUCUACUUCAUAAAGACAAAAACAAAGAAGAAUCAGAUUCUACUGAGAGACUGCCAAUAAGUGAUCAAGGAUUUCAAGAAAGAUGUGCUAAGAAAAUGCAGCUAGUUAAAUUAAGAAACAGAAGAGCCAGUGUUAAUGACACAGUAGGAGGAAGUUGUCAUAAUUUAGUAGGUUUAAGUAGCAUGCAUGAUCUCUCCACUAACAUCAAACCACGGUGCUAUUCUAUGGACAGAAUUAUAGAUUUGCCAGGGAAUUCAAAUAAAGAGGUAUCCAGUGUCUUCUAUCAGUCUGUUCUGAACAUUGAAGGACAAAAUGAUACACAGUUUUUAGAGUCUAACCCCAAACAGGAAUCCCUGUUGAAUCUUCAAUCAGAAGAAAGCAUUCAAAAGGCACGCUGUGUUGGUUUCAAAAGAACCUCUGCUUUGACUGUUCAAGACCAAGAGGAAUUAUGUAAUGGGAAAUGCAAGUCAAAACAGCUCUGUAGAUCUCAGAGUUUGCUUUUAAGAAGUAGUACAAGACGGAAUAGUUGUAUCAAUACACCAGUAGCUGAAAUUAUCAUGAAACCAAGUCUUGGACAAGACAGCACAAAUGUACAAACAGCUAUGAAAAGUGAACUCCAAGAGUCUAGUAUCACAAUCAAUAAAAGACUCUGCAAAAGCACUAUAGAACUUUCAGGAAAUUCUUUACCUCCAUCUUCUUCUAUGUUGACUGGCACACAAAGUUUACUGCAACCUCAUUUAGAGAGGGUGGCCAUCAGUGCACUACAGUUAUGUUGUUUGUUACUUCCCCCACCAAAUCGGAGGAAACUUCAACUUUUAAUGCGCAUGGUUUCCAGAAUGAGUCAAAAUGUUGACAUGCCCAAACUUCAUGAUGCUAUGGGUACAAGAUCAUUGAUGAUACAUACAUUUUCACGGUGUGUGCUAUGCUGUGCUGAAGAAGUGGAUCUUGAUGAACUUCUUGCUGCAAGAUUAGUUUCUUUCUUAAUGGAUCAUCAUCAGGAAAUCCUCCAAGUACCGUCUUACUUACAGACUGCAGUGGAGAAACAUCUUGACUACUUAAAAAAGGGCCAUAUUAAAAAUCCUGGAGAUGUACUAGUUGCUCCUUUGCCAACUUAUUCUUACUGUCAGCAGAUUAGUACUCAGGAAUUUGAUGAACAAAAAGUUUCUACCUCUCAAGCUGCAAUUGCAGAACUUUUAGAGAAUAUUAUUAAAGACAAAAGUUUACCUCUGAAGGAGAAAAGGAAAAAACUAAAACAAUUUCAGAAGGAAUAUCCCAUAAUAUAUCAGAAGAGAUUUCCAACCACAGAGAGUGAAGCAGCACUGUUUGGUGACAAACCUACAAUCAAGCAACCAAUGCUGAUUUUAAGAAAACCAAAGUUUCGUAGUCUAAGAUACUAACUGAAUUAAUAAUUAUCUAAUAUUUGUGGAACUUUGAUAAAUGAAGCCAUAUCUGAGAUUCUAUUACAAAGGAAGCCUGGUAUUAAAAAGCUAUCCCUAAAUAAAUACAUUCUGCGACAAAGUGCCAACAUAGUUGUUGAUCAAUGUGAGACUUCUGAGAAGCUACCAGAUCUCAACUGAGAGAACAUAACACUAAGUGAUACCAAAUAUUUUGACCGGAAAUGUUCAUCAAGAAUAAGCAGCAAUUUUGUUUUUAAAGGAGAACUUACAUAUACACAUGCUGAUGGAUAUUAGGUAACAAACCAGUUGUUUAGAGUUACUUCUUUGUAUUUGUACCUGUAAGAAUGUGACAAAUAUCUGAAAGUUCAAUGAAUUCUCAACUAUAAAUGUUGCACUCUCACACAUUCUUUCUACUUUUGCUCUAUUUAUGUGUGUGUAUGCCUAAAAUAUGUCUAAAUAUUUUGUAUUGCCUUUAGCAUUCUCCAGCUACUUUAUGUAUUUUAAUCUUUUUAAUUUUGUUCAUAAUUUACUAGAAGUUAGAGGAUAAAAUAAGUGUAAGGCAAUCAUGUGUUCAGUUCAAAAGAUUUUUAUUUAUCAGUGCUAUGUGCCUUUCAUUGUUCCAGAUAUGUGAAGACAAUGAAGCAUAAGAAUCUCUUAAGGUAUUUAUUUUCUAAUCAAGGGAUAUACCUAUCAGAUGCUUAAAAUAACAGUGCACUUACUAAAAUGAGGGUAUGAGGAAUCCUUCAGUAAAGACUGACUUCUAUGAUUAUGAAACAGUUCUGUAAGCUAGUGGAUCUCAAAGUAGUAUACCUGGGAGAAUUUUAUAUGCUCAGGAACUACCUUAUGCCAAUUAAAUGUGAAUUUUAGGAGUAUUAACUGGGUAUUGGUACUUUUAUAAAACUGUAGGUGACUCCAGUAUUCAACCAGCUUUGAGAAUCAGUGUCCUAAGAAAAUGUAAAGAUAAUGGCACACCAACUAUUUUUCCAUUGAAAGAAAAUGCCAAGUAUGCAGACCUCUCUUCUUAACACAAUAUUCCUCAGUUUCCUACUUAUUACAAACAUCAAGCAAAUUUUUCUUCCAUUUUCACAAUUUUUUUUUACUUUUUACUCUGAUUGUUAUAAAAUGUAUAUCUUAAGU